AUGCCCAAGCGAUCGCGUCCCAGCGGCCCUUACGACACUCUUCCAUCCUCAUCGGCUCGUGGUGGAGCUUGGGAGCAGAGCAAGGAGACGAGGACACUGCAGGGCGCAACGGGCAGUCGAAAGCUCAAAUUCAAGGACGAGCAACGACCGCCGAAACGAAGCCGAACCGCCGUCUUGCCGCUCCUUUCCCUCGAAGGCUCCCUUUCCGAGGAGAUCCUCAUUCGUUGCCUGUCUUUCCUGGGCGCGCAAGAUCUGGCAGUCGUGGCGCGAGUGUCGAGCGCAUGGUAUCGGCUCUCGCAGGAUCCGCAGCUAUGGCGCGACCUCUAUCUCCGCACAUACGCCUCCGCCGCGACUCGACGACAAGCUGUGUACGGCGGCGGGAUCGAGCGGAACAGGCCAUGGCGCGAACUGUACAAGGUCUCGACGAAUUGGCGCAGCGGGACCGCGCGCGCUAGCACGCUCGGCAAGAGCCUUCGCAAGGCCGUACUGCCUGAGGCGCCGCCUCCGGACCUUGCUGAGCUGUCGAGCGAAGGUGGCGAGCCGGUCGCUGGUCCAUCGGAGCGAAGACCGCCUGUGCAGCUUCCCCCGACUCGGCUGUCUAGCUCGCGCCAAGACGUCGAGACGAUCCUCCAGUUCCACCAGCAUUACAUCCUCAGCGCAUCUCGACUGCCCACUAGCGACCCAUCGAUCGCACCUCCAUCGGUAACAGUCCACCACACCCUUCCGUCGGGCGGUUCCGCCGUGGUCGGUAGCUUCUCCUCAACCCGCCUAGCCGAUUUCUUCGCCAACCGACCUGGCUUCCGUCCUCCUCUCGCAAUCACCGACGUUCGACUCGACGAAGCGCACGGCCGAAACGGGUCAAUCCUCUGCGCCGUCUUCUACUCGACAGGCCAGUGGUCGCUCUUCCGCCUCACCUUUGCCAGCUCGACAUCGCCCUCGACCCCAUUCGAGGCGGAAGAAGUCUACGCCUCGCUCGCCAUCGCCUCUCCACCUUCGCAUCCGCUCUCAGCCGCUCCAGCUUCGCCACCCUCGUCCUCACCUUUCGAUCCCGUCUCCCUCGCUCGCCUUUACGCACCCCUACUCGUCACGCUCUCGGACUCGCUCACUCUGCGGUUCAUGCGACUUGACGAGGCAGAAGAUGGGAAGAUCGAGGUGGACGAAGCGGAGACGCCUCUUCAGAGUCGGGAGGACUGGGCACCUGUCGUCCUUGACGUCUCGAAGGAGUCGAACGAUGGCGCGGAGAAAGUUGUGUGGUUGGGCAGGAAGAGGGAGGAGAAGGACGAGCAGAGGUUCAAGGUCUCGCUCGCUUACUCGAUGUCGGUCUUUCCAGCCAGUUGGACGGUCGGCAUCCAAGAAUUCACGAUCGAAGUCCCUCCUGCGCGUCGAGCAGCGCUGCCCACCGCACGAAUUCUACCGAAGAUGCGCAUCUCAGCUCGACACGCGACCGCAGCUCCGAUCCACUCGCCUCUCCCCUCUACUCCUCGACGCUCUGCACCCCUCGCGUCGCCGUCUCCCCCGUCGAUGCCGGUACCGGUGCCGACGUCCCGCUCGCCGGUGACAAGCAUCGAGCACUCGCAUCCGUUCAUUGUCACGAGUCGGGUGGACAAUACCCUCGACGUGUACGAGAUCGUCUCGCGCCCCACACCAGCCUCUGCCCCACCCGCACACACCACUCCCUCUCGCCCCUCGACUUCCCGCAUCCGCCUCAACCUCCACCCUUCAUCCGGCUGCGACUCGCUCUCUCCGCUCUCCCCUCCCUUGCGCGUUAUCCACCGCCGCACCCUCUUCGGCCAUACCGCCCGCGUAGCCAGCGUCGCUCUCCUGCCCGAGUCGCGAGGGGGCGAGACGAAUGAAGCGGGCGUCAAAUGUGUCUCGGCGGGUGACGAUGGAGUUGUCAAGGUUUGGCAUUUGAGUCCGUUGCAGGGUGAGGAGGGGCGGAAGAGGAGGAGGAGGGAGGGAGAGGAGGUGGUGGAUGUGAGGGCUGUUCCGGGUGCGGAACAGCGGGAAGAGGAGGAGCGGACGGAGUGGCAGCGGCUCAGGCAGAAGCGGAGACGGUGGAACGAGGAGGAGGGUGAGCGGCCACAGAAGGUCAAGCGUGUGUGGGUCGAUGAGGACAAGAUUGUUGUUGUCGGCGCUGACUCGGCAUCGUCCACUUCGAGCGCCCCAGCGAGCCCCGCGUCGUCGUCGCAGUCCGAGGGGUCCAACUCGAGGAAACAGGUCUGCUUCCACCCGCUCGCACUCUGUAUCUCGACCGCACCCGAUGGGGAGAUAGAGAAGGCCAUGGCACAGGCUGCCAAGGAGGAGCUGGCCCACCGCAGGCGGAUGUUGGGCAUCAAGACGUACUGCAUUGAAGCGCCUGCAUUGGGUGACAUGACCUCGUCGGCGUGGCACUCGGUUGUCAACGGCUUCACGUCUUCCCUCGGUCCCUACCUGAGCUCCCCCUCGUCCAGCCGCGCAAGGGACGACUCGCCUGACCGCCAGACAGGACGACGAGGCUCUCGCUCGACUUCUCCCAGCACGACACGGGCGAGAGAGGAAGACGACCCAGCCUUCAUUCCGAACCCGCCGACUCGCCUCACGGUCAGACUCCCCGCUCUCAAGCGCAGUUGCUCGACAUCCUGCGCUACAAGGACGUGCAAGUCCAUCUUGCGCAAGAAGCCGGAACGAGGUUGCUCCCUCCCGCCUAUCGACGACGAACCCGAAGCCUCGACUUCCUCCCAGCGACUCCCUCACUUCCCCCCUCUCUCGCCUACGACCUCCCCCGCCCCGGCACUCGCCCGCUCUUCUCCCCUCGCCGUUCCAGACCGACCAAACCGCAGACGCUCUUCCUCCCUCCCUGCGACAGUCUCCCCCGAUGCGACUCUCGUCCCGCUUCUUCCUUGCUGCGCAGCGUGCGAGCACGCCACCCUCUACGGCUGUUCCCCUCCCUCUUCCAUCGACUCCUACACCGAAAAAUGGUCCGCCGGCGCUCUCAAGAAGCGCGAAGAAGAAAAGCGCGCCGAGGAAGAGCGGGAGAAGUACCGCGCCGAAGCGGACAGGAUUCGGAAGAGUCACGUCUUCGGCAGUAGGUGUGGGACGAGGAGGGUAGGGUUUGAGCGCGAGUGGAGGGAGAAGGAGGAGGAGUGGGCUACUAGUCACUUGGGUGAGUUGGUCGAGAGGCAGGGUGGGGUGGAUGAGCUGAAUCGGGUCAAGAGGCGCGAGGGGAGGGAGAGACGUAGCUUGCAUGGGGAGAAUGAGGAGAACGGGACGGUGGGCGAGCAGUAUGAGGAGGAGGAGAAAUCGGGCGGGCAAACUGCCGGCUCGCUCUCCCGCGCGACGACCAUCGUCGCAGAGCCCGCCAAGCACGAUAGCGAGAAGGACGUCGAGAAGCUGCCGCCAACGUUACCAGCGCUGGCGCCUGAGAAGUCGACUCCGCCCGCCGACAUUCCUUCCGCAGCUCAACGUUCCCAGCCUACGCCUCCUCCUACCGCCACUUCUCCCUCCACGACCGCCUCGGCUCCGACACCUGCACCCUCUCGACCUCCUCCAGUCCGUCGCCUCUCCUCAGCCGCCGCUUCCUUCUCCCACCGUCUCGCUUCAGCAGUCGGGUCUGGCUUGACACAUGUACCUGUGAAUGCGCCGGGUGUACGGACUGCGUUUUGA